AUGUCGAAAUUUGCGCCUCUCGAUAACCAGGCUAUGAUAAACACAUUUGGAAUCAUCCAGUCUAAGGGAAAGCAGUCGUCAUUCACGAUGUCAGUCUCAGAACAUCCCGAGCUUGAUGGAGCCUUGAUAGAGGAAAGGCUUUCAACUCUCGGAGACGACUCGGUGGCUCGACUAGGAGUAACAGUAGCGCUUGACACUUGCGAUGCAUACGUCCCAAGCGAUCCGUCCGACGAUACCAGCCACGUGUUGAAGAUUUUCUUACGUCGGCUCGAGGGAAACGGCCUCACCACUCUUGCGGCGGAGGUUUGGUUAUACCAAAAUGAGCCAGACAACCUCCGUGCUCUCAGAAACCAUUUAAUCGACGCGCUGCUUAAGCCUAUGCUCGCUCGUGGAAGAGCAAAGGGACUCAUCUCCCAACCGGUGGAUGAAGACACCCAGACUGAGAUACAAAGCAUUCUGCACGAAGUUGAAACAGUACCGAGAGAUGCGACACUGAGAAACGAGUGUCUAAAGAGGGACGGCGGGAAGUGCAUGGUCAGCCAAUACUGGUCUGAUACAUGGGAGGAGCCUUCUCAGGGAAAGAUAUGCAGCACUAAUUGUGCACAUUGCAUUCCUUACUCUCUCUCCACUACCAACGGUAGUUAUAUCCAAACGGUGAAAAUUGCCACAAUUUGGCUCGCGUAUCAUCGAUAUUUCACCGACCUUCAAGGAGCAAUUGCUUCUGAAAGCAUAAACCAGCUUCCAAAUGUUAUGACGUUGAUGGACACGCUGCAUAAACAAUUUAGAAAGCUGAAGGUGGCUUUCAAGUCCACAGGCGUCCAAAAUCAAUAUGCCAUCCAAUGGUUUGGUUCCGCCGAACGGUUCUAUCUCAGAAGAAUCCUGCCUCCCACAGUUCAGUUUAGUGCGCACAAUGGUGACGAGAACCUGCCCGACCCAGCAUUUCUUCGCUGUCACUACAUCUUGGCUGAGGUUUAUAACGACAUGAACUCGCAAAACCUUUCCCUAAAGGUACUUCCCACGCUCCCACCUGACGAAAAGAUGACGCAGAAUGAUGAAUUAUCAUUUAUUAGUGGUGCGGGUGACGAAUCGGUAGAAGACACAGCUCAGGACAUGAAGCUAGAAUUGCGAACAUCGUUUAAGGGCUAG